AUAUUAUGUGUGUAUCCGUGAACGAACCGUCCACAUUACGGAUCAUGUACACACGUGUACAUCAUAUUACGACUCAAAGUGACUACUUUUACAGGCAGCGUUACAUUUGCUCCACGACGUCAGGUUUGUCUCGCCGCAGUGACCGCACUGAGUUUAGUCCCGUAGAAAACGAGAUUUGUGUCUGAAUUGUGCAGGCCUACAAUAGUUUAGACUUUGUUGACUUCGGGCUACAUCUUUCUUAGACAGAAAAAGCAAAUCCUCCUACAGGACUGUGCGGCAUCUGGGGCGUAAAACCACGCUUUGGAUCUGGUGCCCAGGAGCUUGCAGAUCAGCGCGGUUAUCCAGCAGUUCAUCUGCUAUCUUUACGCAUUCUGACACAGCUCAGCUCCGUUGUCUUUGAUGUGAAUUAAACACAAGAAAAGGCCUAAAUUUUUGUUUGGCAAACAGGCUGUGGAAUGCAGCGACGCUUCACUUCUCAUCCCCGUUGAAACAAGCGGCCUGCGUGCUGCAUUUGUGCUCUGAGAGACGGCAGAUGCGUCCCCGCGCUGACACGUCGGUGUCACAGUCAGAAAGAGUCCUAAUGGACCACUGGGUUGGCUAAACGGAAGAGAGUCGCGUGCGCCGGGCAACACGGCUGCUGCCAGGGGUCAAAGGGCACCAUGGACAGUGGCCUGAGGGUCCUCCUGUCCACUGUGCUGUGUCUCAGCCAGUCCCUGCUCAUCAGCUGCUCAUCUCAGUACCCGUCUUUCCGCUCUGAGCCUGCCUCCCUGCUUCAGAGUCGGGGCUCAGUCGCUCGUCUGCGCUGCUCAGUAAGCCCUCCUUCCGCUGUGGUUUCCUGGCGCUUCAGAGGCCUUCCCCUUGACCUGAACGCGCUGCCUGAUGUGGAGCUCAAGGGCGACUCCCUCACCAUCUCCUCCCUCCAUAACGGCCAUGUUGGCGUCUACCAGUGUGUGGCGCGUUUAGCCCACGGGCCGGCCGUCGCCAGCCGCCACGCGCGUGUGGCCGUAGCAGAAAUAUCAGAGUAUGAAGAAGGCAGACGGCGGUCGUUAUCGGCGCAGGAAGGCAGCACUGUCCUUAUAGAGUGUCCUCUGCCGCACAGCGUCCCUCCAGCCCUCCCUAGACUAAGAGUACGAGGGGGCUGGAUCGAAGUGUCAACAGAUGAUUAUUUAGUUCUUCCAUCUGGAAACCUGCAGAUUGUCUCCGUUUCAGCCCAGCACCAGGGCAUGUACAAGUGUGGUGCUUUCAACCCUGUUACCAGGGAAACCGUGAUGCAGCCUCAUGGUACUAAGCUGUCAGUGAAACACUCAGACUCCUCCCCACCUGUGCGGAUGGUUUACCCCACCACCCCAACGACUGUUGCAGUGCAGCAGUCGCAGCCGCUGGUGUUGGAGUGUGCUGUGUCUGGUAGUCCUGCACCAACAGCCAAAUGGCUAAAGAACGGUAAGGAGGUCAAACUGGGGCCUUCUCACCGGCGACAGCACAACAACCUGGCCUUUGCCGCGGUGACGAGGAGUGACGAAGGGAGUUACGCCUGUGCUGCUGAGACCGAGCAGGGCACUGUGGUCAGCGCUGACUAUACUGUGAAUGUUCUGGAGCCUGCGUCUAUCACGGAGGGCCUGAGCGAUCAGCUCAUCUCUCCGGGUUCCUCCACUCGUUUUACCUGCGUAGCAAAAGGAAACCCUUCCCCAAACGUCACCUGGCUGUUCAACGCCGAACCCAUCACCCCAUCGGAUCGAUUUCAGAUCUCUGGAUCCUCGCUUGUUAUUAGAGACGUGACGCCGCAGGAUGAGGGCAUGUUUCAAUGUCUGCUGGACAAUGAGAUCGGCUCAGCACAGUCGCACGGGAUGCUCACGGUGGGAUCAGAUCCUCUGGGCUCCACUGCUGGUGUGCUGCUGGACGCUUCACCGUCGCUCCACCCCAUGCAGAGCGACGAGGGCCACGAGCGCUUCCUGACCGAAGACGACGGCGACGCCAUAAACAUGCCGGCUGACAGAGACAGCGACCGUCCUACUCCCGAGGCGCCGAUCAUCAUCAGCCCGCCUCAGACCCACAAGCCCGAUGUGUACGACCUGGAGUGGAGGGCGGGGCGCGAUGGAGGGAGUCCAAUCAUCGCCUAUUUUGUCAAGUACCGUAAGGUCGAUGAAAUGGGAACAGUGGUGGGGAACUGGCAUACGGUUCGUGUCCCCGGCAGCGAGAAGAGCCUGCGUCUGUCCGAGCUGGAGUCCUCCAGUCUCUAUGAGGUGCUGAUGGUGGCUCGGAGUUCAGCAGGCGAGGGCCAGCCAGCCAUGCUCACCUUCCGCACCGGCAAGGAGAAGAGCACCACCUCCAACAAGAACCCAUCGAAGCCUCCCGUCAUCUUUGCUUCCCCGAAAGCUCCAGAGGACAAAACGCCCAACACGCACUUUGGUGUCGUCAUACACGACCGAGUGCCCGAAGCCCCCGAUCGUCCCACCAUCUCCAUGGCGACUGAAAGCUCCGUGUAUGUCACCUGGAUCCCGAGGGCCAAUGGCGGCUCACCGAUCACGGCUUUCCGUGUUGAGUACAGACGCGGCCGCAGCGCAGAGUGGGUUGUUGCUGCGGAUAAUAUCUCCCCUCUCAAGCUGUCGGUGGAAGUUCGAAACCUGGAGCCUGGCUCCACCUACAGGUUUCGCGUCGUAGCCAUGAACAUGUACGGCGAGAGUCCUCACAGCAUUUCCUCGAAGCCGUACCAGGUGCCACAAGCCAGCUCUCGUAUCGCAGACCGCCCUGUGGUCGGGCCUCACAUCUCAUCCACGGACGCCAUCAGUGACACACAGAUCAUGCUGCGCUGGACUUAUAGCCCCUCGAGCAACAACAACACUCCAAUUCAAGGCUUCUACAUUUACUACCGGCCCACUGACAGCGACAAUGACAGCGACUACAAAAGGGACGUGGUCGAAGUUGUAAAACACUGGCACAUGAUUGGACACCUCCAGCCCGAGACCUCCUAUGAUAUCAAGAUGCAGUGCUUUAAUGAAGGGGGAGAGAGCGAGUACAGUAACGUCAUGAUCUGCGAGACCCGAGCACGUCAGCCGCCGGGGUCGCCCAGCCAGCACCCCAUCACCCCACCUGGCCCCCACCCACAGGAGCCGCCCAGCCCACCUGGGGGACUGCUCUACCUGAUUGUGGGCUGUGUUUUGGGAGUGAUGGUGCUCAUCCUGUUGGCUUUUAUCGCCAUGUGCCUGUGGAGGAAUCGCCAGCAGAACAACAUGCACAAGUUUGACCCUCCUGGCUACCUGUACCAGCCAACAGAGAUGAACGGCCACGUUCUCGAGUACACCACGCUGCCUGGCUCCAGCCGCAUCAAUGGCAGCGUCCAUGGGGGCUACGGGCACAGUGGCCCCAUCUUACCCCAAGGGUGCCAUCACCUCCAUCACAAACUCCCCAAUGGUUUGGCGCUGCUGAACGGCACCGGCAGCCUGUUCUCGCCCGGCCACCCACACGGCCACGAUGGCACCCUGCCCCACAGCACCCGCGACUGCGAGCACUCGCACCCUCACCACCACCAUAACGGUGGAGGCAUGUACACAGCACUUCCCCAAACUGAGUCAUCUGACUGUAUGAGCUGUCAGAACCUCUGCAACAAUAACAGAUGUUACAACAAGACCAAUGGCACUUUCCCCAGCGGCACUCUGCCUCUAAUGCAUCGCGUGGCGCCGUGCCAGCAGGACGGGCUGGAGAUGGUGCCUCUGGGCCAGGUUCCGUCGCAGUGCCACGGCCCCGACAGCCAGAUGCACUCUGGUGACCAGGGGGCCGACGCGGGGAACCAGCCAGACGAGCACAAGGACUCCUCGCCCUCACAGCAUUCCUGCUGUCUGGUCGGGAACAAUGAAAACUGUCCAGCAGACAACACUGCUGAGGAGGAGCUGGAGUGCGUGGACACGGAGGGGCUUGUGGUGUGCUGGGAGAGUCUUGGCCUGCCAGACUUGGACUGUGACGAAAAGCCUGGGUGGAUCUCCAGCAGCAACCUGGCAGGAGAGCUGAUCCAGCCCAGCCCGCAGGAGGUCUGAACGCAGCCCACACGCAAAACAGACUGUUCUGCAAUGUGGAGAGUUCAGAGAAACCAGACAGAGACUGGAUGAGAGACAGUGGUGGAAAUAUCACAGAGGAAGGACGAGGACCAGUCAGAGACACUGCGUGUUACGGUGACGAGGACACGAGACCUUCAGUGGACCGAGUUGAGAUGAGGAGAAACGGAAAGAGCAAAGAACACGUUGCUCAAAGGCAAACUGUGUCCCAUUGGUGGGAAGACUCUUACAAAAGAUCAGAAACUCUUUAGAUGACUUAUUUAUUUUUUGUAGUAGUAAAAUAUUAUUUCAUAUGAAUGUAUCUGUUUUAAAGGAAAAAAAAGUUUGUCUUUUAUAUUAUUUAUGCCUUUUUGGAUGGUAAAUACUUUUUAUUUUUUGUUGUUUUGUUCCGCUGUGUUCCACUCAAGUGUGGAGAUUAGCAAUUGUCCGUGUAAAGUUUUGUAUUAAUAUAAAGAGAAGAUAUGGAAGAGUAAA